CUUUUUCAUUUGGCUUCUCCCGUUUGCCCCAGUGCUUCAUCCUUCGCAAAUCCCAGUCAGAAGCCGGGGUUUCUGUCCUAGGAUAAGCUGUAGCUCGCAACUAUCCGCUCCAGCGUCCCGUAUUAGAAGUUAACAAAGACGGCCGAACACCUUUCGAAAGAGUGUGUCGGGACCUUGGCUGGGAGUACGACCAGUGAAGUGACUGGGAAGCCAUGGCAGCAGAUAAGAAAGAGGAAAUAAGUGUUGAAGAUGAAGCUGUUGAUAAAAGCAUUUUCAAAAGCUGCAGCAACAUUGCUUUUUACAGACGUCAGAAAUACUGGCUGUCCAGGAAGUCCACUUACCGGGCAUCACUGGAAUCAGUCACAACAGGCAAAGACAGCACCAGGUUCCAAAUUAUCAGUGAAAGAAUGAAGAGUCCUCUCCUGGCUGAACUUUAUGGUAUAGAGGGCAAUAUUUUCAGGCUUAAAAUCAAUGAAGAGACGCCCCUGAAACCUAGGUAUGAAGUUCCUGAUGUCCUCACAAACAAGCUAAGUACUAUAAGGCUGACUUCAUGUUCAGGGGAUACAGGCGAUCUGGUAUUGACAGAUGGUAAAGGAGAUCUGAAGUGCUGUGUCUUUGAAAACCCAUUCAAGAUAGACUUUGUGUCUGAAAAAGAGGUUGUGAUCAGCAUAAACUCCCUGGGCCAAUUAUACUUUGAACACCUGCAGAAUCCUCUGAAGCAAAGAGUUACCAAAGAAAAUGAAGAGGAUGCAUCAACUAACACCUCUCAGGAAAAUCAAGAAGAUCUAGGCCUAUGGGAAGAGAAAUUUGGGGAAUUUGUGGAUAACAAAGUUAAUGGUCCUACAUCCAUUGGAUUGGAUUUCUCUUUGCAUGGAUUUGAACAUCUCUAUGGGAUCCCACAACAUGCAGAAUCACACCAACUUAAAAAUACUGGUAAUGAAGAUGCUUACCGUCUUUAUAAUCUGGAUGUAUAUGGGUAUAAAAUACAUGACAAAAUGGGUAUUUAUGGUUCAGUGCCUUAUCUUCUAGCCCACAAACUGGGCAGGACAUUGGGUAUUUUCUGGCUGAAUGCCUCAGAAACACUAGUGGAAAUCAAUAUGGAGCCUGCAGCAGAGGUAGACCCAGUUGCUGCUAAGCAAAAGGUCAGAUCUCGAACUAAUGUACACUGGAUGUCAGAGAGUGGAAUCAUUGAUGUUUUUCUGCUAACAGGACCCACACCUUCUGAUGUCUUCAAGCAGUACUCCUACCUUACAGGAACACAAGCCAUGCCUCCCCUCUUCUCUCUGGGAUACCACCAGUGCCGCUGGAAUUAUGAAGACGAGCAGGAUGUAAAUGCAGUAGAUGCAGGAUUUGAUGAAAAUGACAUUCCUUAUGAUGUCAUGUGGCUGGACAUAGAGCACACCAAUGGCAAAAGAUACUUCACCUGGGAUCAGAAAAGAUUCCCAGACCCCAAGAGGAUGCAAGAACUACUCAGGAGCAAAAAUCGAAAGCUUGUGGUCAUUAGUGACCCCCACAUCAAGGUUGACCCUAACUACUUAGUAUAUGCUAAGGCCAAAGAACAGGGCUUCUUUGUGAGGAAUCACGAUGGAGGAGACUUUGAAGGAAUAUGCUGGCCUGGUCUCUCUUCUUACCUGGAUUUCACUGAUCCCAAAGUCCGAGAGUGGUAUUCAAGUCUCUUUGCUUUAUCUUUUUAUCAGGGAUCUACUGAUGUUCUGUACGUAUGGAAUGACAUGAAUGAGCCCUCUGUCUUUAGAGGACCAGAGCUAACCAUGCAGAAGAAUGCCAUUCAUCAUGGUAAUUGGGAGCACAGAGAACUUCACAACAUCUAUGGUUUUUAUCAGCAAAUGGCGACUGCAGAAGGACUGAUACAACGAUCUAAAGGAAAGGAGAGACCUUUUGUUCUUACACGUUCUUUCUUUGCCGGGUCACAGAAAUAUGGUGCAGUAUGGACAGGCGACAACAAAGCAGAAUGGAGUUACCUGAAAAUUUCCAUCCCAAUGUUACUCACUCUCAGCAUUACUGGAAUCUCUUUUUGUGGAGCCGAUGUUGGUGGCUUCAUUGGGAAUCCAGAGGUUGAGCUGCUAGUGCGUUGGUACCAGGCUGGAGCCUACCAGCCCUUCUUCCGUGGACAUGCCACCAACAACACUAAGAGGCGGGAACCGUGGCUCUUUGGGCAGGAACCUACUCGGCUCAUCCGAGAAGCCAUCAGAGCUCGCUAUACCCUUCUGCCCUACCUGUAUUCUCUGUUCUACCAUGCACAUGUGUCUUCUCAACCUGUCAUGAGGCCUCUGUGGAUAGAGUUCCCUGAUGAAUUAGAAACUUUUGGCAUGGAAGACGAAUAUAUGCUGGGAAGUGCUCUAUUGGUUCACCCAGUCACAGAACCAAAAGCCACCAUGGUUGAUGUGCUUUUGCCAGGAUCAAAUGAGGUCUGGUAUGACUCUAAGACAUCUUCACUUUGGCAAGGCGCAUGCACUGUGAAGAUCCCAGUAGCUUUGGACACUAUACCAGUGUUUCAACGAGGAGGAAGUAUAGUGCCAAUAAAGACAACUAUAGGGAAAUCCACGGGCUGCAUGGCUGAUUCCCCAUAUGGACUCCGGGUGGCUCUAAAUACUAAGGGUUCUGCCAUGGGUGAAUUGUAUCUUGAUGAUGGCCACUCAUUCCAGUACUUAUACCAGAAUCAGUUCUUGCACAGGAAGUUUUUAUUCCAUUCAGGACGUUUGAUCAACAGUUGUGCUGACAAAAGGGGUCUUUAUCCAAGCAAAUGUGUGGUGGAACUGAUCUUGAUCCUAGGUCUCAAAAAGCAGCCAUCUUCUGUGACCACCCACUCAUCUGAGAGUAAAGAUCAGCCUGUGGAUUUCACAUACUGUGCCAAAACAUCCGCACUGCAUCUGGAGAACCUUUCACUGAGUAUUGGUGCUGACUGGGAGAUUCGCAUCCAGUAAUGAAGCAGCCCGCACCCUCCCCUUCCCCUGGGUCUGUGACGUGACCAGUAGUAGUCACUGGUUUACUAAUGUGUGAGAGAUUUCACAGUUUUCAGAUUUUACAUCUUCAGUGAGUUAUGAAUAUUCUUUAUGUCAAACAGUUACUGCCUCACUUCCUAGAUGCAAAGAACCCUGAGACAAUUAUAGAGAUCAUGAACCUUCCACUGCUUCUUGGGCCAUAGUCCUGUGCAAUCACUGUGCCCCAGUGAGCAGAUUCUCUUUAAACAGGUCUGGAUGGGGAUGGGUUUUGUUCACGUUUUUGGGGGGGAUUGUUGUUUGGUUUGGGUUUGGGAUUUUGGUCCACACCCCAUGGUGCUGGGGGUUCCCUCCUGUAACUGUUCACUCCUAGUGCACGGGGACCUGGUGGUCCCAGUGAUUGAACCCAAGGCUCUGGCAUGAAAGGCAUAUGCUUGGAUAGAC